CAGCCGCCGUCUUCCAGGACCAAAGACCGCUGAGGGCUCCAGUCAUGUCGGCAGCUGCUCCGGGGACCAGCAAGGCGGCCCACAGCGAUGUGGCCCCGAAGAAGAAGAAGGGACCCGGUGCCCUGGCUACAGCUUACCUGGUCAUUUACAACGUGGUGAUGACGGCGGGGUGGCUGGUGAUAGCUGUAGGUCUGGUCAGAGCUUACCUGGCCAGAGGCAGCUACCAUGGACUCUACUACUCUAUAGAGAAGCCACUCAAGUUCUUUCAGACCGGAGCUCUUCUGGAGAUACUGCACUGUGCUGUAGGAAUCGUUCCCUCCUCUGUGGUCCUCACUGGAUUCCAGGUCAUGUCUCGGGUCUUCCUCACCUGGGCCGUCACACACAGUGUCAGGGAGGUGCAGAGCGAGGACAGCGUGCUGCUGUUUGUCACAGCCUGGACCGUGACGGAGAUCAUUCGCUACUCUUUCUACACGUUCAGCCUGCUCAAUCACUUGCCGUACCUCAUCAAAUGGGCAAGGUACACCUUUUUCUUCGUGCUGUAUCCCAUGGGAGUGACGGGGGAGCUGCUGACUAUCUACGCAGCGCUGCCGUACGUACAGAAGACGGGCCUGUACUCGGUCACCCUCCCCAACAAGUACAACUUCUCCUUCGACUACUACACCAUCCUCAUCCUCAUCAUGAUCUCCUACAUCCCCCUCUUCCCCCAGCUUUACUUCCACAUGAUACGACAGAGGAAGAAGGUGCUCGGCCACGUGGAGGAGUACAACAAAUUGGAGUGAUCCCUGCGGCAAAUCAGAGGGACCUGAUCAAGAAAAACACACCAAAAAAAAGAGAA